AUGUUCAGAAACCAGUACGACACAGAUGUGACGACAUGGAGCCCAGCCGGGCGGCUUUUCCAGGUGGAGUACGCGAUGGAGGCCGUGAAGCAAGGCUCGGCGGCUAUUGGGCUCCGAUCCAAGACCCACGUGGUGCUUGCCUGUGUCAACAAGGCCAACUCCGAGCUUUCUUCUCAUCAGAAGAAGAUUUUCAAGGUCGACGACCACAUCGGCGUCGCCAUUGCCGGCCUCACCGCCGACGGUCGUGUCCUCUCUCGAUAUAUGCGAUCGGAGUGCAUCAACUACAACUACACUUAUGAAUCUCCGCUCCCUGUCGGACGACUGGUCGUUCAGCUUGCCGAUAAGGCUCAGGUCUGUACUCAACGCUCAUGGAAACGGCCAUACGGUGUUGGACUACUAGUAGGUGGUUUGGAUGAGUCUGGAGCACACCUAUAUUAUAACUGUCCGAGUGGAAACUACUUUGAAUACCAGGCUUUUGCAAUAGGAUCUCGCUCACAAGCUGCUAAGACAUACUUGGAACGCAGGUUUGAGAACUUCACGAACUCUUCACGGGAGGAUCUGAUCAAGGAUGCCCUCAUUGCGACAAGGGAAACCUUGCAGGGAGAAAAACUGAGAAGUUCCAUAUGCACAAUUGCUGUGGUAGGAGUCGAGGAGCCUUUCCAUAUAUUGGAUCAGGACACUGUUCAGAAGUUGAUUGAUGCAUUUGAGAUUGUGGGGCAGGACGAGCCUCCUGCUGCUGAACCCGAUGUUGCUACUGAGCCUGGAGCAGCUGCAGAAGAGGGAGCUGGUGCUGGUGAUGGUGCUGGCCAGGGUGCUGUUGCUGAACCAGAUGUAGCUCCAAUGGAUAUUUGA